AUGGAAUGCCCGAUGAUAUCCAAAUUGGAUGAGCUCGAGGAAAGGCUGAGCGCACUUCAAUCUCGGUUCGAAGAAGUAAGUGCCAUUCUAGCCUCUCGUGUUAGCAUUGCAGAGAGCAAAAUGGGAGUGCUCAAGACAGCAUUCUGCAGCCCGGGUGCCAUUGCUGCAGAACCAUCCCGCUCAAUGAAGGUGCCGGAGCCAAAGGCCUUCGAGGGGGAGCGCGAUGCUAAGUCCAUCGAGAAUUUUCUAUGGGACAUGGAGCAAUACUUCGUCGCUGCAAGAGUCCCUGAUAAAGAGAAGGUAACUCUUACUAGCAUGUAUCUAACCAAAGAUGCAAAGUUAUGGUGGCACACCAGGUUAGAUAAUGAUGCUAGUGCGGGCAGACCGAGGAUCGAGGCUUGGGAGACCCUUAAGAAAGAACUGAAGGACCAGUUCCUACCCUGCAAUACUUCAUGGUUGGCGCGGGAAUCUUUGAAAAAGCUGCGACAUGUGGGCUCGGUGAGGAGCUAUGUCAAAGAAUUCAGCUCAUUGAUGCUGGACAUCCGCAACAUGUCGGACGAGGACAGGCUAUUUAAUUUCCUAUCCGGCUUGCAACCAUGGGCGCAGUUGGAACUCCGAAGGCAAGGCGUGAAAGACUUGCCCUCGGCCAUGGCUGCAGCGGAUGGCUUGGUUGAUUUUUGCAUCAGUCGGCCUGUAGAGGGUGCAGAAGGGACUAGCAAGCCCAAGUCCAAUGGCAGGAAGCCAGCUACCCAGAAGAAAUCCAAUGGCCGAGAGGAUGGCCAAAGCGUUGGCAAGGCUAGCGCACAAGAGAAAGGUAAAACUAGUACUUUCUCUAGUUGUUUCAUAUGUAGUGGACCGCACAGGGCAAAGGACUGCCCGAAGAAGGAAAGACUCAAUGUCGUGGUAGAGGAGGGUGGCCGAGGUGAUGAAGCUAGCCCCUCACGCAUCAACCCACUCCAACUCGUCAAUGCCAUGCGAGCGGAGAGGAGCAUACCAUCCGACCUGAUGUACAUGAAGGUCAGGCUGGGCGGAAAGGAGAUGUUGGCCAUGGCGGACACAGGCGCAACACACAACUUCAUGACCGAGCGGAUUGCGCAUGAGCUCGGGCUGAAGGUGACCAAGAGCAGCAGCAAGAUCAAAGCUGUGAACUCUGUGGCUCGUGAUGUUGCUGGGAUAGCUGCUGGUGUCCAGGUAUCCCUUGGGUCUUGGACUGGUGUCCUCGGUUUCACUAUUAUUACAUUAGAUGAUUUUGAUAUCAUCUUGGGUAUUGAGUUCUUUGUGCAAGCAAAGGCAGCUUUGCUGCCGCAUCUGGGUGGGCUCAUGUUGCUGCAUGAAGAAUACCCUUGCUUCAUCUCGAGUGUGGCUAACCCUCCAGCAAAGAAUGGAGGAACAUCUGGUGCGAUGUUGUCAGCCUUGCAGGUAAAGCAUGGGCUGAGACGAGGUGAAGCUACCUUCUUGGUGGCCUUGGUGGAAAGGAAGGAAGGAGUCAUGGCGGAAGUUCCUAAUGAAGUGGCUGACCUGCUGCAGAAGUAUGCGGACCUCAUGCCAGCCGAACUGCCAAAGGAACUUCCACCAAGGAGAACAACUGACCACAAGAUUGAGUUGGUGCCGGGGGUGAAGGCACCAGCCCAAGCACCCUAUCGCAUGACUCCCUUGGAGUUGGGGGAACUGCGCAAGCAAUUGACUGAGCUGCUGGAUGCCGGCAUGAUCCAGCCUUCCAAAGCACCCUAUGGAACCCCGGUGCUGUUUCAAAGGAAGGACGGCUUGCUGCGCAUGUGCAUGGAUUAUAGGGCCCUGAACAAGGUUCGCAUCUCGGAAGGAGAUGAAGGGAAGAGCACCUGUGUAACUCGUUCUGGAGCGGAGUUCCAGACAAUGAGACCAGCUAGGAAAAGGAGACUUCCCUCUGGCAAUUGA